UGGAUUCCACAGAGUAACAAGAUAUCAUGUUUCUGCCAAGACGUAACGGACAUGGUCUUCGCUAACUCAUUCUUCGUUGCUCCGAAUUCAAUAGAUUUCUCAACAGUGUUCCUAAAGUUUUCUCCCCUUAGUCAAGCUGCGGUUAUGGGAGCUUUAAUCGGCAUAUUCUUGAUUUACAUCGUUGCUAUCAUUGUACUUAUAAGAUUGGACAGGCAAGAUUCUCUAAAGUGGGGGAUAACACCGCUCCGGGACAAUUUAAUCAGCGACCAAAACUACUACAUCAUCAAAGUAUACACAGGAAUGAGACGUGGGGCUGGAACAACGUCAAGAAUUGCCUUUGUAUUGACCGGACUAAAUGUAGGCACUGGUCCAAGGGAACUAUUUGAUGGCAUUAGAAAGGAGUUCAGCACAGGCAGUGUUAUGUCGUUCUUUAUGGCCACCAAGAAACAUCUAGGCGACAUACAACAUUUAUAUAUCUGGCAUGACAACAGCGGCGAGGAUGAUUAUGGCUCUUGGUAUCCAAAUCAGGUUGAGGUGUUUGACAUAGAAAAACGAACCACAUAUACAUUUGUAAUUGAACGCUGGUUAUCACUGGAAACAAGCCUAGACGCACAUAUAACAGCAGUUCCAUCUGGACUUCCGGUGCAGUUUGAGUCACGGUUCUUCUACCAGACUAGAGAUCGCCUUUCUGAGAGUCAUAUGUGGAUGUCAAUUUUGUAUCGGCCACAGAUCAGUUCGUUUACGAGAGUACAGAGAGCUUCCUGCGCACUUGUGUAUAUAUUUCUGACUAUGAUUGCCAACGCAAUGUACUUUAACCCAGAACCAGAGUACGAGGCCCCGCCACUCAUCGAAGUUGGACCAAUACGUUUUACAGCUAAACAGAUAUUUAUCUCUCUUAUUUGUGCGUUGAUGACAACUCCAGUGAUAAUGUUUCUGAUCUUCCUCUUCAAACGCACCAAAUGUAAACAAUCAACUGCAAACACAUCUUGUUGUUGCACCGGAAGUAAAUGUAUUUGCCAGUGUGGCGCUCUCUGUCGGAGAAAAAAUGAUCCGAGGAAGCAGUAUGAGGAAAUGCUUAAAUCAAGAAUGCUCUCUUCUACUGUGCCAGACUUUCACGGGGGCUUGUAUCUACCAUGGUGGUUUAUUUUUGUCGCAUGGUUCUUGGUCGUUGCGGGUACAGUAGUGCCAGCUUUCUUCAUUUUACUGUAUAGUAUGGAAUGGGGUAAACAAAAAUCUGAAGAGUGGUUGACCACAUUCUUCAUGUCUCUGUUAGAGUCGAUGCUAUUUGUUGAUCCCAUAAUGGUGAUCUGCAUAGCUUUUGUAUUAGCUCUGCUGAUACGUACAAAUAAAGCCGACACCAAUAUGGAUACAGCCAUUGUCGUCCGUCGUUAUAGAGCUAUGAUAGGUGAUGGAGAAGAUGGGUUAUCAUCAACUAUAAAAGUUUUGAAAUCAAUUAAAGCGGAUCAUGACUCGUACAUGACAACACCACGCGCGGUUAACCCGCCACUACAAGGAUCUGACUUGACGCAAGCAGCGAACAAACAUCGGCAGCACGUGCAGCUUAUAACAACUAUUAAGGACACUCUUUUCAACUUGUUUUUCAUGCUGGUUAUUUUAACAAUAUGCUUCUCAAACAGAGACAGUAGAUCGUACCUGCAUUACUCAGAGACAGUAAACACCAUUGCUGAGCCUUUGAAAAUGCCCCACUUCCACUCUAUAACCACACCUGGGGACCUAUUUGUGUGGCUUAAUACUUCGGUGAUUCCAAGUCUCUUCCCAGAAUUUGACAUGAAUGGUGCGCCUCUUCAUUGGACAGUAAAACAAUUUACAACAGGAUAUGUAAAUCUCCGUUUAGGACCACCUCGACUACGACAGUUAAGGACUAAAAAUGGGACCUGCGACAUACCAUAUAUUGGCAAGGUUUCAUGCUACGGGGAAUAUACAAUUUUAGACGAAGAAGAAGAAAAUUACUGUAUAGGCUGGCAAGCGACACCUUGUUCUAAGAUAGAUUAUGUUUUCAAUGUAUCAGUAGAUGCGUGGACAUUCAAAUCAGCUUUUGAAGUUUGGGGGCUUCCUAUCCCAGGACUAUAUACGACAUACGGUGGUGGAGGCUACAUCGCUACUUUAGACGUAGGCCGUAACAAUUCAGUGGACAUACUGAAUGAACUGUUCAAAAACUUAUGGAUGGACCGCCAGACACGAGCGGUGAUGUUUGAAUUCACAUUGUAUAAUGGAGCAACUAAUAUGUUUAUAUACCACGUUUUCCUGGUCGAGUUUCCACAAACAGGCGGAGCAUUCACGUCAUUUUCAAUAUAUCCAAUCCGUGUUUAUACUCAUCAGGGAGCAUCCGGAACGCUCACGCUAAUAUGCGAAAUAGUAUUUGUCAUAUAUUUGAUAGUACUUCUGAUUAAAAUUUGUAUCAGAAUUUAUCAACAACGGUGUGGCUACUUUAAACAGUUUUGGCAAGUCUACGAGAUUGUUAUGCUUAUUGCUGGUGUUUCGUCGAUUGUGAUAUAUGCUUUCCGUUUAUUGCUGACUGUUGUUACUAUAAAUAAGUUCAAGACGGAUCGCAGACAGUUUGUGGAUUUCAGUCAUAUUGUGCUAUGGGAUCAAAUUCUUCUUUCUUUACUAGCAAUUUUAGUAUUUAUGGCAACACUUCGGAUAUUGGAGGUGUUUGCAACAACAAAGAAAGUUGGUGCAGUAGUGAAAGUUUUUCAAGACUGUGGAAAAGAUUUGUUCUGGUACGGAAUGACCUUCUUGUAUAUUUUCACAGGAUUUUGCAUCUUAGGCACGCUUUUGUUUGGUUCGGCCCUUGAAUCUUACAAUAACAUGUACCAGUGUAUGGGCACACUGUUUAUAGCUAUGAUCGGGAAAAGCAAGUUUACAGAAAUAAAUGAAACGCAGCCAGUUUUGGCAAAGGUGUUUUUUAUAUUCUAUAUUUUUACAGUUGUUUUCUUCAUUUUAACUAUUUUUCUAUCAAUACUUGGGGCCAGUAUUGAUAGUGUUGUGCACAGUACUCGCGAGGACACAAGAGAGGAUAUUGUUGAAAUUAUGAUGAAAAAGAUAAAAUCUAUAUUUGUGAAGCCUACAGAAAUAAAGAAGAACACCAAUAUGGACGCAAAACGAGUACAUAAAUUAAAAUGCAAUGCUAUAUAAUUUGACAAAAGACACAUAGGCAAAUUCGAUAAAGGAAACAGAUUUUCUUUCAAUUGUCAAAAUAUCAAGUUGAAACUUAAAUAAGCUGACAUGGACUCAUGUGCAAGACUGUUCCUAUCUGUGUCAAGAUACCUAGCAAUAUAUAACACCGAGAAAAAAAACCCGGAGAAAUCUAUGUUCCCACCCAUCAACGUAGGCAUAGACAUUGUCAACGCCUUAGAAAAAGAAGGGCGUAAGUGUUAAUUACGCCCUAUUAUGAAUUAUACACUGUUUGAAACUACACUACAUACCAAGGGGUAUACUCAUAUUUAAAUACAAGUUUGGUAUUAACUGCUGUGUUGACCAGAUUGACCAGUAAUAAAAGGCACAAUUAAAAUGUUUUUCAGAAUCAUAGUAAUAAAAGGGUGUUUAUGCACUGAAAUGUUGUUACAGAAGGACACACUUACGCUCUAUGGAAGGAGUAUCUGACAUAGACAGUGUUGUUUCUUUCAUUUUUUUUUCGUUUUGCCAAAAACUAUGAUUUUCUACUUUCGUCCUUCUAAUUCUGAGGCGUCGGUGUAUGUGCUACACAUAUACAAGAAUAGCUAACAGUGUGGUGGUUGAUAUACUCAUCCUACCUUUACAUAAAUACACAUUGUUUGUUUGUGUUAGGUUUAACGCCGUUUUUCAUAAUACACAUUGUAUACACACCGUUCUACAUCUGAACGUUAGCCGAUGAAUUUUGCGGAGAAUUGUGUACAUGUUUUUUUUUUUUUGUUGUUUUUUUUUGUUGUUGUUGUUGUUUCUCCCAAAACUUUUGUAUUGUAAAGUUUUAGUUCACCGAAAAAUCUUCAGUGAUUCAUUCAAACUAGUAUGACAGUAACUUACUGAUUCAAAUAUUUGCCAAGGAACAAUAAACAAAUGUUAUCAUUUCAUUAUUGUAAUCAUGCAUAUUUUCAUACAAAAUCACAAGAAUUAAACAUUUGUGUAACGAAACAUAUGAUUCAAAUAAACGAACAAAAAUUUAUGUGAAA